GCUUAGCGUAGCUUUCAAGACUGGUACAAUCAACCACGACGCUUGCCCAGGUAUUCACAAUUGUUUAAGCAGGGACACAUUUACUUUUGUCUUUGCACUUGUGGAUGGCAGUAUGAGCAACUUAAAACGAAAAGACGCCCCUGGCGAAUCCCCGGCCGCAAAGGUCAAGAAGUCAAAGGGCGGUGCCGAGCAGAGCGAAAAGCCUGCAAAGGCUCCCGUUGUUUCGCUUCUCAAGGAUGAAGAGCCUCUCUUCCCUCGUGGAGGCGCCAAUAUUCUAACACCGUUGGAACAGAAGCAGAUCCAAUUGGAAGCCAAGGCUGAUGUUAUUCGCGAAGAACAAGCCUUAGCCAGUGGCAAGCCUCUGAAGAAGAAGAAGGCUGCCUCCAAGAGCAGCAGCAAGAAGACCGAAAUCAAAGCUUCUGAUGAUUCUAUCAAGGUUGAAAGUCUUAGCUUCAAGAAAUUGGCCAAGGGAUCUCUCGUCCUGGGUGAAAUUACCAAGAUUUACAAGCUAGGCCUCGAAAUCUCACUCCCCAACAACUUGACCGGCCAUGUCUCCAUCGUCUCAGUUUCAGAACAAUUAACCGAUCGAUUACAACACAAGGCCGACGAAUCUGACGAAGAUAAUGACGAAGACUCCGAAAACGAGGGCGAGGAUGUCGACCUGAACAGCAUCUUCGCCAUUGGCCAAUUUGUCCGCGCAUAUGUUCUCUCCACUACAGACAGCUCAGUCACAGAAGGCAAGGGCCGUCGCAAGAUUGAACUCUCGUUACGCCCUGCCGAAGCCAACACCGGACUGUCCAAGGAUGAAGUCGUCGCAAACAACACCGUAACCGCGGCUGUCAUCAGCGUCGAAGACCACGGUUACAUCAUGGACCUCGGCAUUGAGGGCCAGCGCGGUUUCCUUUCCAACAACGAGAUUGACGAAUCCAUGGAUAAGGAGCGUCUCCAGCCUGGCGCUUCGUUCCUGUGCCAAGUCAAGACUGGCGGCAAGGUCGCCCAGCUGACUCUCAAGCAGGAGAAGCUUGGCAACAUCAACAACGUCCCCGGCGACGCUACCACAGUCAACACCUUUGUCCCUGGUACCGCUGUUUCGCUUCUUGUUACUGGCCACGACCGCCGUGGUAUUAGCGGCAAGAUUAUCGGCCACAUUGACGCCACUGCCGAUGUCAUUCAUUCCGGUGUUGGACCCAACGGUGAUGAUUUGGAGGCCAAGUACAAGAUUGGCUCCAAGGUCAAGGCUAGAAUUAUCUGCAACUUCCCUACGGCCAAGGAGCCCAAGCUCGGUCUCUCCCUUCUCCCUCACAUUAUGGACUUGACUCGCAAGCAUGCCGAGUCGCCCAAGAAGUCCAAGCUACCGACCGAUGUCAUCCCAAUUUCCUCGAUUCUCGAAAAGUGCACAGUUCGCACCGUUGAAACCGAAAUUGGUCUGUUUGUUGAUACUGGUAUCAAGGGCAUGACCGGUUUCGUCCAUAUUUCCCGCGUUAAGGAUGGCAAGGUGGAUGCCUUGUACGAGACCUCUGGCCCGUACAAGAUUGGAACUACUCACAAGGGCCGUGUUGUCGGCUACAGCGAGAUGGAUGGCCUGUUCCAUAUCUCUUUUGAGCGCAGCAUCUUGGAGCAACAGUACAUUCGUCUCGAAGAUGUUCCUGUUGGUGCCGUUGUUACCGGCAGCAUUGACAAGAUUGUCAUCACGGAGGAAGGUGUUAGUGGUCUUGUCAUUAAGAUUGCCGAUGGCAUUACUGGCUUUGUUACUGAGCGUCACCUUUCCGACGUUCGCCUACAACACCCUGAGAAGAAGUUCCGUGAAGGCAUGAAGGUCAAGGCUCGUGUUCUGUCUGUUAACAUGAUGAAGAAGCAGAUGCGUCUUACCUUGAAGAAGACUCUAGUCAACUCUGAAAUCCCUGUUGUCCAGUCCUUUGACGACGUCAAGGUUGGCUCGCAGAUUAUCGGAACCAUUAUUCAGCUUCCUCAGAACGGUGCCCGCAUCCAGUUCUACGGAUCUCUCAAGGGUUUCUUGCCCAUCUCCGAGAUGAGUGAGGCCUACAUCCGUGACCCUACUGAGCACUUCCGUGUUGGACAGGUUGUCAGCGUUCACGUUUUGGACGUUGAUGCUGAGAGACGCCGCCUUGUUGUUUCUUGCAAGGACCCCGGUGCGUUCGGCCUCGACAAGCAGGACGCUUUGAAGGCCCUCAAGAUCGGCGAGAUUGUCUCUGCCAAGGUCAGCCAGAAGACUGAGGAUCAGGUUUUCCUUGAACUCAUUCCCAGUGGCCUCAAGGCUCUUCUCCCCGUUGGCCAUCUCACUGAUAAAUCCACAUCCAAGAACCAGUUCGCUUUGAAGCGCAUCAAUGCUGGCCAGACUCUCACCGAUCUUGUUGUUCUUGAGAAGAACGACAACCGCCGAUCUAUCAUUCUCACUCACAAGCCUAGCUUUAUCGAAACCGCCAAGAAGGGCAAGCUGCUCAGCGACUUUGACCAGGCCAAGGAUGGCAAGACAUACGCCGCUUAUGUUCGCAACGUUACUGCUACUGCCGUCUUUGUGCAAUUUGGUGGAUCUUUGCACGCACUGUUACCAAAGGGCCGCCUUGCUGCUGACGUCCAGAGCAAGCCUGAUUUUGGUAUGCAAAAGUACGACUCAAUUGAAGUCAGAGUUGUGUCUAGAAUCCCCGACCUUCGCCGCAUCAUGGUUGGCCCUGCAUCCGCCCCCAUCGAGGAGAAAAAGCCUUCUGGCAAAGGAGCUGCUCCUGCAGACGGACUUGAGCUCGGUUCUACCACCACUGUCAAAAUCACUUCCAUCAAGGAGACUCAGCUCAACGUCCAGGUUGGUGAUAGCGACGUCCAGGGCCGUAUCGAUGUUUCUCAAAUUUAUGACAACUUUGAGGACAUUGCUGACCCUCGCAACCCCCUCGAGAAGUUCCAACGCAAGCAGGAGCUGGAGGUCAAGGUUCUUGGCAUCCAUGAUGCCAGAGACCACCGCUUCCUCCCUAUCUCGCAUCGCUCUGCACACUCCGUUCUGGAGCUCACCGCCAAGCCUAGCGACUUGAAGUCUGACAAGUCCACUCCCAUCUCCCUUGAAUCUCUCCGUGUUGGUAACACCUACAUUGCAUUUGUCAACAACGUCAGCCCGCAGUUCAUGUGGGUGAACCUCUCCCCCAAGGUCCGUGGCCGCAUCACAGCCAUGGAAGCCUCCGACGACCUUUCUCAACUCAACGACUUGGAAGCCAACUUCCCUGUCGGUUCCGCCCUCAAGGUUCGCGUUACCGCUGUCGAUGCUGAAAACAACCGCCUCGACUUGACAGCUCGCUCCAAGACGUCUGGUGAUGUCAUCAGCUGGGAUAGCCUCAAGACCAACAUGAUCCUCCCUGGCAAGAUCACCAAGAUUGACGACCGCCAGGUUAUGGUUAAGCUUAGCGAGAGUGUUUCUGGCCCGGUUCACUUGCCGGACUUGGCUGACAACUACGACGAUGUGGAUACUACACAAUACAAGAAGAACGAUAUUGUACGAGUGUCUAUUGUGCACAUGGACAAGCCUAACAAGAAGCUUCGCUUGUCUAUGCGUCCUUCGCGCAUCAUGAGCUCGGCUCUCCCUAUCAAGGAUAAGGAAAUCACUGAGCUGUCCCAGGUUGCAUCUGGUGAUAUUGUUCGUGGUUUUGUCAAGAACGUCUCUGACAAGGGCCUCUUUGUUCUCCUUGGUGGCCAGGUUACUGCUCUUGUCAAGAUUGGCAACUUGUCUGAUCGAUUCCUGAAGGAGUGGAAGGACCAGUUCCAAAGAGACCAGCUCGUUAAGGGUCGCAUCAUCUCCAUUGAUGCUGCCACUGGCAACAUUGAUAUGAGCUUGAAGGCCUCCAUUGUGGAUGAGAACUACACACCUCCCAUUACCUUUAACGAUAUCAAGAAGGGCCAGAUUAUUACCGGCAAGGUUCGCAAGGUUGAAGAGUUUGGUGCUUUCAUUCUGGUUGACAACUCUGCCAAUGUUAGUGGUCUGUGCCAUCGCAGCCAGAUGGCUGAGAAGAGUGUCCAGGAUGCUACCAAGCUGUACAAGGAGGGUGAUGCAGUCAAGGCUAUUGUUCUCGAGGUUGAUGCCAAGAAGAAGCGUAUUAGCUUCGGUCUUAAGCCAUCGUUCUUUGAGGAUGAUGAUGAAGACAUGGACUCUGACGCUGGUGCCCUUCUCGAGGAUGAGGACGACGACGACGUUGACAUGGACCAAGAUGCCCUCUUGCAGCUCCUUGCAGCCAACGGUGACGAUGACGACGAGGAAGAUGAUGAGGAUGAUGAUGAAGACGAAGACGACGAUGAGGAUGAGGAUGAAGAUAUGGAGGAUGACGACGUCGCUGGCGGACUUGGUGCUGGCAAGAAGUCUUCCUGGUCUGCCGACCCCUUUGCUGAGUCUGACGACGAGGAUAACGAUGAGGAGGUUGACACUAAGGAGUCUACCAAGCCCAAGAAGAAGAGAAAGACUGAGAUUGAGGUCGACCGCACCGCCGAUCUCGACGCCAGCGGUCCUCAAACCUCCAGCGACUACGAACGUCUACUGCUCGGUCAGCCCGACUCCUCCGAGCUCUGGAUCGCAUACAUGGCCUUCCAGAUGCAAGUGAGCGACCUGCAAAAGGCCCGCGAGGUCGCCGAGCGCGCCAUCAAGUCCAUCAACAUCCGCGAAGAAACCGAGAAGCUCAACGUCUGGGUCGCCUUCCUCAACCUGGAAGUUGCCUACGGCACCAAGGCCAGCGUCGAGGAGACCUUCAAGCGCGCAUGCCAGUACAACGACCAGCAGGAGAUCUACGAGCGCCUCACCAGUAUCUACAUCCAGUCCGGCAAGACCAAGGACGCCGAGAAGCUCUUUGACGAGAUGCUCAAGAAGUUUGGUGCCGUGUCGCCCGAAGUCUGGACCAACUACGCCCACUUCCUACACGUCACAAUGAACGAUGCCGUCCGCGCGCGCGCUCUUCUGCCCCGUGCUGUUGAGCGCCUGCGCCAGAAGAACGGCGAGAAGCACAGCCACGCGAUUGUCAACAAGUUUGCAACCUACGAGUUCCAGCUUGCCAGCGGCGAGGCGGAGCACGGCCGCACGCUCUUUGAGGGUCUGCUCAACGCCGCUGCGAAGCGCGACGAUCUGUGGCGCCACGUUGUUGCCCUCGAGCAGAACCUCGAGAGCGCCAAGGAGGAUCCUACCAAUGUCCGCGAUGUCUUUGAGCGCCGCACGCGCGUCAAGAGCCUCAAGCCCAAGCAGGCCGAGAAGUGGUUCCGCAUGUGGGCGGAUUGGGAGGAGAAGCGCGAUCCCAAGGGCAAGGACAAGAUCAUGGCCAAGGCCCAGGACUGGGCGGCUGCUUACAAGUCUCGCAAGGAGGCGGAGGCUGCUGCUGCCGAAGCUGCUGAGGACGAAGAGAUGGAGGAUUAAAGCACUACUACUACUACUACUGCAGCAGUGCUUACUGGGACGACGGAAUCUUUUUGUUUAAAAUCUUUUGCAUGGCGCAUGAAAAGCUGAUGUACAUUUUUUUCUUCUCUUGUUUUGUAUGUUUGCUGUUUGAAUAGUCUUAUUUCGCAGUAUAUCACGGGUUCAAUACAUGAAUACAAAAAUAUCAUAUAUACACACAAGUCAUC